AAAACAAACAAUCACCUCACGCUGUCCAUUUGCAAUGUGAUCAAACACUGCAAUCAUGAAUUUAAUAUGAUGUAUUUAAUUUAAUAAUAAAUAAGUGAAUAUGAUCGAAAUCAGAAACCUAAUCGAAAACUCAACCGGAACACUAAAAUAAAAAUUCAGUGUUUGAACAAAUACUUAGGAUCGGGAUCUUAGAAACACACAACUCGUAAGAUUUUAUUGCUGAAAGGUAACACAGUUUGAUUGAGCGAGCGAGUAUACGUGAGAAUUGCAGUGUUUGAAUGAAAGCUGUAUUGGUGAUCAUUUAACAUGUUGCUUUGCUAUCUGACAGUCUACCUUUAACAGCGUUUGACUCUGGACGGGGUGAAUGGCCGUCACAUAUCUGUUAACAAGCACUUGUACGUUAAACUCGACAGUUUUUAGUUGUAAACAAAACAAACUUGAUUACUAGACAAACACUGUAUGAAAUAGGAAAAACGAUAACAAAACUAGAACAGGAGGAGCAAACCAAAGUAACAAAGAGACAAACAUUUAUAUUUUUCAUGUCAGAGACGGUCUGAAGUGAAUACAUCAAAUCAGGAGUGAAGUUUUCUGAAGAUAAUCUCAUUCGCGAUAGAGCUAUAUAACGAAGGGGCUAGACAUGUCUACGGACCACCACACGAAGGGGGAGAGGCACGAGAAACAUGCGGUACUCAUUGCCAUGGACGGAAGUGAAAACGCAGACUAUGCCUUCCAAUGGUACAUGGAGCACCUCCACAAACCGAGCCACUACGUGGUAAUAUUACACGUGCCUGAGAGACAUGCAUUCAUGGUCGGACCGCUAGGCGGCACAGGGGAUGUUACGGCAAUCACACUUAUGAUGAGAGAAGAGGAGGAGAAGGAGAAAGCGCUGUUGGAACGGCUGGCUCAGAAACUAAAGGACGGUGGGAUUGGAGGUAAAGUGAAAAGCGUUGCGGGCAGGCCAGGAGAGGUGAUAGUGACGGUAGCAGACGAAGAGAAGGCGCUGUUUGUCAUCUGCGGGUCACGUGAAUUUAUUUCUACCGAAGGCAUUGUGCUGAUUUCCGCGCAAACCAGGAAACACAAAAGGAAAGGCAACUAAACAAAACCCGACAUUAAAAGGAUCUUUUCACGUUUUGGACAAUUGACACGAUUGAACAAAAUUGUUUCAGAUACGCAAAUGUUCGUUAUAGGUAUGAUAUGUGCGAGGAAACAGUGAUACUGAACAAUUACCAUGCUCUAAAACAUCUCUUAUAAGCAUCUUUUGACAAUUUAAACAAGUAACAAAUAUAAAGCGAAUCGAUUGAAUAAUUUUGAGUUCUAUUAAUAUCGUUAUAUUUUGUGACACUACGAAGAUUGCUUAUAGCGCAAUAGUACGUUCUUUUAUUGCGCGUGCGGGAUGAUAUGGCGGUGUUUAAAAAUGUUAAUAAAAAAGAGAAAAAAAUGAAAUAAACAGCGUUAUAGCGACUGUAUCGAACAAUAAACUUUCGUGGAAAUUACCAUCCGUUUCCACUUCGUACAUUGUCCAUGGUGUGUAAAUGUGGAUUUAAUGGGAUUUGAUGGGAAAACGCAAACAGUGGUAUUUCGCCUCCUGACCAGGUAAAGCCUAAACCAAAACAAAGUCGAAAAAACAACAUAUCAUACGGUGGGCGCACGGCAGAUUGGAGUGGGCUUUCUCAACAGCAGCAUCAACAGCAGAAAACAAGCGAUCCAGUAUCACAGGGUAUGACGAUUUUUCAGUAUUCAUCUAGUACCCGGGUCCAUCCAAGAUUGUUCAAGAUUAAGAAAGAUGGCAGAUCGUAUGCGUUCAAGAUUUAACACGCUUCACAAAGGAAUCCUAAUUUCAGAUUAAAGAAAUAUCACAUACACAUUUGUUGGUAGUCUUCGAUCAAAUGUAUGCAAAUAUGCAAAUAUGUUCCAAUCCUGAACAGUCUGGCCACUGGCGUUAAGUCCGGCAUAAUAUUUAUUUAAAAAACCUCUUCAAACGCUAUUCACCAAUCUUAAUGAAACUUAACACAACUAUUUCUGAAUGGUUCGAUAACAAACCAUGUUUUUCUGUUUCAUGGUGCAUUACGUAUACAUCUACAUUAUAUUGGAAGUAUUACAUAAUUAUUAAAUAAUUGAUAUACAGUCUUAGGAAAAUAGUUAUCAUUUUAACAACACAUUUUGGAACAGGAUAUAAAACGGUACAGACGAAACUAGGUCAAAGUGAUUGUUUAACAGUAUG